UUGUGUAUCUGUCGUAGUGUUACUCCUCUAUGAUGUACAGUGUUUGACAAGCCAGGCAUCUAUCAGGUAAAGUUGUGUAUCUGUCGUAGUGUUACUACUCAAUGAUGUACAGUGUUUGACAAGCCAGGCAUCUAUCAGGUAAAGUUGUGUAUCUGUCGUAGUGUUACUACUCAAUGAUGUACAGUGUUUGACAAGCCAGGCAUCUAUCAGGUAAAGUUGUGUAUCUGUCGUUGUGUUACUUCUCUAUGAUGUACAGUGUUUGACAAGCCAGAGAUCUAUCAGGUAAAGUUGUGUAUCUGUCGUAGUGUUACUUCUCUAUGAUGUACAGUGUUUGACAAGCCAGGCACCUGUCAGGUAAAGUUGUGUAUCUGUUGUAGUGUUACUUCUCUAUGAUGUACAGUGUUUGACAAGCCAGACAUCUAUCAGGUAAAGUUAUGUAUCUAUCGUAGUGUUACUUCUCUAUGAUGUACAAUGUUUGACAAGCCAGGCAUCUAUCAGGUUCGUCUUGUGGGAAACAAAACAGUCAUUGCCAUAAGUCCGCACAUUCAGGUGAUUUGGAGUUCUCACUACCACCUCAGUGUUCCUCAGCCCUACAUCUUCCCCUGCCAGGAGGGUGUUUUGACGAUAUAUGAGUAUCCACCGUGUAUUUUGACAGAAGACAGAAUUAGAGUAUAUGGACGUCGUUUGUCAUCAUCGACAACAGACUACAUCUUCGAAACUAAGGUCUCCACCAGCAAACACGCCUUGGCUCUACCAUGCGGUAUCUUCAGUUCCCAGUAUCAGUCGUUUUGUUUCACAUAUACCAGUGUGGCGGCCAGCGGUGCCGUAUUCGAAUUAAAGACAUUCUGCCGUCCUCGAAAUAUCGAACAAGGAAGAAGAAGGGCAAGCUGGAGCGGAUGGAGUAAUUGGUCUCGUUGUUCUUCCACUUGUGGUGCUGGUAUUCGUAGCCGAUACCGUCUUUGCCAUUCUCCCAGUUCUGCUAGUUACUGCUCAGGAAAAUCGAUAGAGUCCGUCGUCUGUGUUGUAAAAGAAUGCAUUGAAGAAACCACACUCAUGACUGAAGACUUCUUGCAACAUCUCGAGUGCAACUGUAGCUGUAACUUGAACAUUACUGGUAAUGGAACUCUAGUUGUGAAACUACUUUAUUGUGACCAUGUUCCUCUAUUCUGGACACUUAAGGCCUUGCCUGAGGGCUCUCUAAACAUCAUGUUUCAUGAAGUAAAUCUUGACUCCCAGUUCUGGCUCACCGUUCGAGAAGGUGCAUCUAUAGUGGGGCCAAUUCUGGCAAUAGUAACUAAUCAGAUGACAUCUGUGUUUGUAAACUCACACAGUUCAACUGUACGAAUAGAGCUACAAUCGUCUAAUGUAUCAAUUAUUCCUGAAGGAGAAAUCACCCUAAAGUUCUUCAAGGAAAAUUUGAAAGUAAGCAGUCUAACAGCUGAUUGGAAUGAUACUCCUGGAAAGGCCCAGUUCAGCUCGGUACAUUUAACGUUGGGGGCGAUGGCUUUUGUUGUGAGUUGUGUAAUUCUCAUUAUGCUCUUGUCAAAACAAAUUUAUAGCAAGUUUCGUCAGAAACAUCACAGCGUCUCCUCCGAAUCAUUCAGUUCCUCUCUUUGUGAUAUUGGUGUUUCCAUUCCAAAGGUCCACCUUCUAGGUGGCGCUACUUCGAUCUCCGAACUCUCCUGCUCUCCACCAUCUCUCCGACGCCAAAUAACAACCCCUAAGAAGGUUUCUAGUCAAGAAAACAUUAGUCCAGAAGAUUUUCUCUACAAUACAUUUCUUUUUCACUCUACUAGUAGUAUCUACACCCUCACUCCACCCUCAUCGUCUCUGAUCCAGCGUCGAGUUUUGAUGUCAGGGUCCAAAAAAAAACUUUCUGUUUCACCAAAACCACAACCCAAAAGUGAGAGAGCUAGUCAAGUCCGUCGUCAGUUACUAAAGACUGCUAGAAAAGAUAGGCCAGUAGACCGGUUAAAAGAAGAAUCAGUGACACCUGGAGGUAAAGGAGCAGCUGCGUCCACACAGUCCUUAUCAGAAGUAUCGGUUGAAGGAUCGGAGGAUGGAUUUGAGUAUGAUUACUAUGACUACAGUUGCCAUAAUGAUCCAGGAUCUUUCUUCUGUACUGAUCCUACAUUAAUGGGUUGGCCUCCUUUUAUUCCUAUCUAUCCAGGAAUGAGUGAGGAAGAGUUGCCACUUCGAGAUUUCCCAAUUAUCCAGAAAGAGACAACUGACCAAGACUCUGGCGUAUCUUAACGAACCGAGUUUCGACACCCACAACA